AUGGACGGAGAGGAGAACACGUGGCAUGGCGAUCAGAGGAAUGUGAACCUCAUUCAAAUGCCACCGCUGUCAUCACCGUCGACAGCGCCGUCAUCGCGCAAACGCACAGGACCGUCCAUUGGUUCCCAAAGAUUCGCCGUCGUUGUCGAGUGCUUUUCAGUUUAUCACGAGCGAAAGUUGUUGUCUUCAGUCAUUCCGAAGCUUCUUUUCACUAGAAGCAGUAGAAUUGGCUUCUGCUCCUCCGCAAUCUUUCCUAUUUACAAUCUUAUUCUGGUCAUGGAUCAGACUAUUCGGACCAAAUCUUCUAUCCCUGUGGCUAUGAACGUAAAUUUAGAUUUAGAUCGUGGAUAUUUGCAGACAUAG